UACUUUUGACCUGCUGGACAUGUACCCCACCGCACAGAGGGCCAGAUUUCCGGCUCAGACUUGGCCACUGAACAAUCAGUACAUUCCGUCUCCAUGUGGAAACAUCACCCCCUGGGGCAUCAGCGACCCAUCUAGUGACUGGAACUCCAUUUAUGCUUCCCGGGAGGAGUAUCCGUAUGGUCACAGCUUUCCCGGAUCAAAUCUCAGCAGUCAGGUCAACUUCACUUCUCCAGAGUUGAUGAGCACACCCACCCCCAGUGAAGAGGCGUUGUUUACCUCGUACACCUUUCUGUCUGGACAGGACCCAUUCACAUCCAAGAAGAGAACACAUGAAGUGAUCAAACCGACUGUGUCAGGAGAGAAGACUCGCACAAAGGACAAGUACAGGGUGGUGUACACUGAAUACCAGCGGCUAGAGCUGGAGACGGAGUUUCAACACAACCGCUACAUCACUAUGAGGAGGAAGACUGAGCUCUCCAAUGCACUGAGCCUCUCUGAGAGACAGGUGAAAAUUUGGUUCCAGAACAGGCGGGCCAAGGAGAGGAAAAUCACCAGGAAGAAGCUGCAGCAUUCCCAGCAGGCCUCCACGACCACACCCGCUCUGCCUGCAAUGGACGGAACCACAGGCACCCACAUCCCACCCAGUCCCAGCAGCAACAUUUUGUCUGAUGCUGUAUCAGAGGAGUACUAGUGGGGGAUGCAUAGACACA